UCGGUCGAAGUUCACUUGCAGACGUCUGAAGAAAUGGGUGAGGAAAGUCUUACAGCAGAACAAACAGAAAACUGUCAGAAAACAGCAUCCAAACCAUCGGAAUACUGUGGGAAACUGCUCGGCUACAAACCACAUGGCUUUUCUGCUUCUGUCAUUACAAAAGGUCUGUUGGGGCUGCUGGUGUUCGGGGUGGUCUGGGCCGUGACGGGACCCGCGUGUUUGCCAGGACAGAACCUCUUCGGACUGGUGAUUCUGUUCCUGUCGGCCGUGUGUGGAGGAAAACUCAUUAGUGUCUUCAGAUUACCCAGAACCCCUCCAGUACCAGCCCUACUGGGGAUGCUGCUGGCUGGUGUGGUGUUGCGUAACGUGCCGUACGUCACAGAUGCUGUGUAUAUUGAUCAGAACUGGUCUGCAGCUCUGAGGAACGUGUCUCUUGCUGUGAUUCUCACCAGAGCUGGUCUGGGACUCAAUGCUGCUGCCCUGCGGCGUCUGAAGGCGGUGUGUGUGAGGGUUGCUGUCGGCCCGUGUCUUACGGAGGCGUGUACGGUGGCUGUAGUGGCCCAUUUUCUGCUGGAACUGCCCUGGAUAUGGAGCUUCAUGCUCGGUUUCGUUCUGGCCGCCGUCUCUCCGGCUGUGGUGGUUCCGUCCAUGCUGCUCCUGCAGUCAGAAGGAUUCGGUGUUCAGAAAGGAGUUCCCACACUUCUGAUGGCUGCUGGGAGCUUCGACGACAUCCUCGCCAUCACUGGAUUCACCACAUGCCUGGGCAUCGCCUUCGGAACCGGAUCCACGUGGAUGAAUGUGGGUAAAGGAGUUCUGGAGGUGCUGGCAGGAGUUCUGGCAGGAGGAGUCAUGGGACUUCUGCUCCAUUUCUUACCCAGCGAGGAUCAGUCGGAUGUGGUGCUGCGGCGCUGCUGUCUGCUGCUGGGUCUGUCUGUGUUCAGUGUUUUCGGGAGUCUGGCCGCAGGUCUGGGCGGCGCCGGCGGUCUCUGCACACUCGUCCUGGCCUUCAUCGCUGGACUCAGCUGGGCAGAACAAAAGGCUCCCGUGGCGGCGGUGGUGGGCCGGUUCUGGGACAUCUUUCAGCCGCUCUUGUUUGGUCUGAUUGGAGCAGAAAUCAACAUCUCGUCUCUCAGCGCUUAUACUGUCGGUCCGUCACAGAAUCUGACAGAAACCCUUCUGUUUUUAUAUUCUAACUCAAGUUUGGGUGUCUCCACUCUGUGUGUGGGGUUGCUGGUCCGUGUUUUGGUGACGUUCUGUAUGGUUCUGUUUGCUGGUUUUAAUAUGAAGGAGAAGAUCUUUAUAUCUCUGGCCUGGAUGCCCAAAGCCACAGUACAAGCGGCUAUCGGCUCCACGGCGCUGGACAUGUCCCGCAGCGCUGGAGACGAGCAGCUACAGAUUUAUGGGUUGGGUGUUCUGACUGUGGCAGUUCUUGCGAUUCUCAUCACGGCACCGAUCGGAGCGCUCGCCAUCGGCCUCUCCGGACCCAAACUACUGCAGCAGGACACACACACACUGGAUGACGGCGAGCGUGAGGGCACUCGUGUCGACGGUCUGGAGUCCAAACUCUGAAUCUCAACAUGCUUUCACGAGUUGUUGUCGUUCACACUAAAGCUUGAUCCGUGCUUGUCUGAGCUUUAUUAAUACUGUUCUGGCUGUAUGUGACAGCAACCCUCUGUACAAUAAAACACUUUCUCUGUC